AAUAAUUAAAUAAGAAUCAAGAGAAUAGAAUUAGUAGGGGUUAAAGCAUGAGACCGGAAAUCAUUUAUUUAAUUCUCUUCUUUCAAUACAGUAUAGUGGUGCUAGGAGGACCAGACAAGUAUCUUAUGUCAACCAAAGAAAAGAUAUUUCUCGUAGAAAAAGCAGAAGCUGGCCCUGGUUUCCUUCCCCGGCAUACAGGAGUAAACAGGAAAACUAGAAAUGGUCAACGUUUGAGAAAGAAAAGACCCGAGACCCAGAAAUAUUUGGCAAAAGAAAAUGGAUUUAAAGCAGACUCUGAGGAGUACGGAACGGAUUAUAUAAACUAUGAAGCUUAUUACAGUACUUUGAAUUCUUUAAACGAGUCUAAAAAAUUGAAUUCAAGUAUAUCACAGAAUAUGAAGAUAACAGCAGUUAUACCGAAAUCAACCAUGAGACCCCCAAAAGUUGAGGAUAAGGUUGAGGGAGGAGAUUACAGUAUUGAUCCAGUAAUAUCUGGAGACAAGGAGGAUUACUAUUCAGACUCAUAUAGUCAGAAGGAUUAAAAACAGAGCUCAUUCCUGCACGAAAGUUGAGAAGAUGAGUAGAUGAGUUAACCAAACCUUGUUACAUACUAAUAUUGGGUAUCUUACUAACCUAUAAUUCAAUACAUUGUAUCCCUACAAUUUAUUCGUAUUUUAAAUUAAUAAAUUUCAAAAAUUUUAUAAAAAAUAAAUGUUCACAAAGUUA